AUGGGGUGCAACAUGUGCGUGGUGAACCGCCCAGAGGAGCAGUACAGGAUCAUGUUCCAGAAAGGGAACAUACUGCGUCCUAUUGAUGGCGAAAUUAAGCUGAAGGAGAAGCGUGGUUGCCAGGAGGGCCACUCCCAUGACCCUCUGCUGCUGCAGGUGGUGCGUAAAGGGCACAGGCGGCGCACGGCCAUGGCGGGGGGCACGGCGCGCGUGCUGGCCAUCUCCGACUGCAUGGACAACAGCACGCAGACCGACAUCAGCUUCCAGAGCAUCCUGGGCGCUGGGGGCGACGACCCCUGCGCGACCCCCAGCAGCAGGACGCCGCAGCCUCCGCCGUCCCCUCCGCUGCCUCCACAGAUGGAGCCCUACGUGCUGAACGACCUAUGUACUUUGGAGCAUGUGUACAGCGAUCCCACGGACUACUUUGACGUCACCCAUCACGAUGUGGACAGACAAGAUGAGCUUGAAUAUGAGGAGGUGGAGCUGUGCAAGAGCAGUCAGCAGGACAAGCUGGGCCUGACGGUGUGCUACCGCACGGAUGAUGAGGAGGACCAGGGCAUCUAUGUGGGGGAGGUAAACCCCAACAGUAUCGCAGCAAAGGACGGCAGGAUCAGACAGGGCGACAGGAUCUUACAGAUAAAUGGGCAGGAUGUGCAGAACAGGGAAGAGGCGGUGGCCAUUCUGACCCGCGAGGACAGCACCAAUAUUUCUCUGCUACUGGCUCGGCCCGAACGAGAGUCUGACAAUGCAGAGGAGCUGGAGCUGCAGUUACCUGCUGGGAUGGAUAUGGACAGCCUGUGCACAUCACCUCUGUCAGGUAUCUACCGACUUCGCCACAGGGGGGCGCCCUUGUCCACCACCACCGGCGGCACCACAACAGCCACCGGCACCACCACUACUCCUACCAAGACUCCCCUCCACGGAGUCCCUACAAGGACCCCUACAAGGACCCCAACAAGGACCCCCACAACAGACACCCCCGAGAGGCGCACUCCCACCUCCCACCACCUGAGGGCGCUGAGCACCAGCCAGGAGCUGGACAGCGGUGUGGGCCGCACGGACGAGAGCACGCGCUACGAAGAGUCGUCCGAGCACGACCUGCUGGCCGACGAGCAGAACACCAGCGCCUGCAACACCAACGCCACCAACACGCCCGCCAGCCUGCGCAAGUUCCGGGCUGUGGUUGCCAGCGGCCUGGCGGCGGCACAUGCCCGGGGAGACGUGCCCAUAUCUCCGCUCCACCUUCCGUUCAGCACUGAUUCCCUGCCUGGGUAUGAGUAUGGUGGUGGUGGUGGUGGUGGUGGUGGUGUGGGGGGUGUGGGGGGUGUUGUGGGCAGUGGUGGCUUCAUGACCAGCCCUGUGAUGAUGAUGAUGCCUGGGCUCACAGAGGAAGAGUGCGAGAGGUACCAGCAGCUCCUGCAGAUCAAGUGCCAGUACGACAGGAAUGGAGAGAAAAAGAAAGAAGAAGAAGAAGAAGAAGGGAACAAGAAAGAGAGGAACUCAACAGUGGACGUGAACUGCAACGAGAACCUCAACCUGUCCGAGCACGAGAUGGCCCUUCUGGAAGAAGAACUCCGCCACCUGGAGUUCAAGUGCCGGAACAUUCUACGGGCCCAGAAGAUGCAGCAGCUGCGAGAGCGCUGCCUGAAGGCCUGGCUGAUGGAGGAAGAGGCGUCGGGGCGAGGCUCGCCGACCCCACUAACCACCCCACCCACGCCGCCCACACCCAAGCUGGGGGGGCCUGGCGAGGCCCAUCUACCCGACAUCAACGAGCUCCCGGAGCAGGAGAGGGAGCGUUCGGAUAAAGAGAGCACCAGCGCUUACAAUACGGGCGGCGAGAGCUGCCGUAGCACCCCGAUGGUCAGCGAGCCCCCACUCAGCCCGCUGAGCGUGCACAGGCACUGGGAGCGAAGUGGCGGCCGCUCCAGCCUCAACUGCUCCUACUCCCCCACCAGCUACAGGAAGUGGCAAGCCCCCGCUUUCAGCAGUGCCACCCUCGGCAGUGGCGGCGGCGGUUCGUCCGCAGGACAGAAGUACCGAUCGGCGUGCUGGGACUCGCCGACCAGACGAGCGCACGUGGAAAGUGGCGCCACGCUGUCUAGAAAGCCGCCCAAGGUGCCGGACAGGAUGGGCGGACGCAGUGCCGAGUCUAGCCCUUACUUUACACGUCGCCAGCAGCAGCAACAGCAGCAGAUGACGGGACAUGGACAGGGGCAAGGGCAGGGCAGUGGCAAUGGCAGCAGGCCUCUGGAGCGCUACCAGAGCUGCAUGCAGCUGGGUUCCACGCCUGAAGGGGGCAGCGCUGCGCUGGACAGGAUGGUGGAAGGAGAGAGUGAGGCUGCUGUAGGCAGCAGCGGAAAUGAGAACGGUGGAGGCAAAAACAAAGUCAAGGACAGGGCCAGCACCAUGAGCCGUGUUCCCCAGGGCUCCGACCUCCCCCCGAGCCCGGCCAAGCUCAGCCUCAACCUGCCUCUGCCUCCCCUCUCCCCGGCCUCCUCCCCGGUCCGCAUGGAGUGGAAGGUGAAGAUCCGCAGCGACGGCACGCGCUACGUGGCCAAGCGUCCCGUGCGCGACCGCCUGCUGAAGGCCCGCGCCAUCCAGAUCCGCGAGGAGCGCAGCGGCAUGACCACGGACGACGACGCGGUGAGCGAGAUGAAGAUGGGCCGCUACUGGAGCAAAGAGGAGCGCAAGCAGCAGCUGCUGCGCGCCCGCGAGUACCGCCGCCGCCGCGAGUUCAUGAUGCAGAGCCGCCUGGAGUACCUGAAGGAGCGCGACGGCGGCAGCGGCACCAGCACCUGCGAGAGAGACCGGGGAGACAGGGACUCCUUGGGGGGCUCGGCGGGGUCGUUGCCAGGGCAACUGCAUGACUCCCCAGCGCGAUCGGCCUCGGCCUACAUCCUGGAGCUCAGCCAGAAGAAGAGCAUGAAGAAGCGCAACCGGCGCAUCCUGGACAACUGGAUCACCAUCCAGGAGCUGCUCACCCACGGGAGCCGCUCCUCCGACGGCCAGAAGGUUUAUAACGAACUGCUCUCCGUCACCACCGUCUGA